GGACAACUACAGUGCAGUGUGCCGCAGCUCUCUGUCCGCAACAUUCGUACAGUCUGUCGUUCUUGGAUUUGAAACUUGACUGAAUCGCAGCGGCACGGAUUGGCGGUUUUCAUCCGUUACGUGUGUAUUUCUGUGUGAAAUGAGGUGGUUUACAUCCCAGGCCAUGUUCCUGCUGUGGCAUUGAACCUCGCUGAACCACAAACCCGGGUCCACGCCAGGAUGUCCAGCUCGGGGUACCCAGCCAGCCAGGGGGCGUUCAGCAGUGAGCAGAGUCGCUACCCACCCCACCCAGUGCAGUACACCUUUGGCACAGCACGCCACCAGUCGGAAUUUGGAGUCCCUGACUACCGGCCGCAUCUCCAGGAGGUCAGUGCUGCCUCCCAGCUUCUCCAGCAGCAGCAGCAACAACAGCAGAGACGCCGGCCCUCCCUGCUGUCCGAAUUCCACCCAGGAGCUGAAAGACCCCCUGAGAGGAGACAUGGCUAUGAGCAGCAGUUCCACGCUACCUCCAGUCAACCUGAGCACGAGGCCCUGGAGUCCAAGCGGCCACGCAUUGAGAGCAUCUCUGAAGCUCACUUCACACGCGCUGCAACAGGUGGUGUUGUCCUUCCUCUUCCCCAUGCUGUCCAGGAUGGCCUGAGAUCCACAGGGGAAGUCAAGAAGGAGACACAGUUCAGUGUUAAGGCAGAGGCUUCUUCACCCGGGGCUUCACACAUGGGGGACGAGCAGGACGCCUCACCCUCCAAGCUGUCCAAGGAGGAACUGAUCCAAAGCAUGGACCGUGUGGACCGUGAAAUAGCUAAGGUUGAACAGCAGAUCUUCAAGUUGAAGAAGAAGCAGCAACAACUGGAGGAGGAGGCUGCGAAGCCUGUGGAACCUGAGAAGCCAGUGUCACCCCCACCUGUGGAGCACAAGCACCGCAGCAUCGUCCAGAUCAUCUAUGACGAGAACAGGGUGUUUCCUCAUUCACAGAAAAAGGCUGAAGAGGCCCAUAAGAUCUUUGAAGGACUCGGGCCGAAGGUGGAACUGCCACUUUAUAAUCAGCCAUCGGAUACUAAGGUCUACCAUGACAAUAUCAAGACCAACCAAGUCAUGAGGAAGAAACUCAUUCUGUUCUUCAAGCGGAGGAAUCACGCACGCAAGCAGAGGGAGCAGAAGAUCUGCCAGCGUUAUGACCAGCUGAUGGAGGCGUGGGAGAAGAAGGUAGAGCGUAUGGAAAACAACCCUCGGCGGAAGGCCAAGGAGAGCCGUACACGCGAAUACUACGAGCGGCAGUUCCCUGAGAUCCGCAAACAGCGGGAGCAGCAGGAGCGCUUCCAGAGGGUUGGCCAACGUGGAACCGGCCUCUCUGCGACAAUAGCUCGAAGUGAGCACGAGAUAUCUGAAAUAAUUGAUGGCCUGUCAGAGCAGGAGAACAACGAGAAGCAGAUGCGUCAGCUGUCCGUCAUCCCACCCAUGAUGUAUGACUCGGAGCAGCGCCGGGUUAAGUUCAUCAACAUGAAUGGCCUCAUGGAUGACCCCAUGAAGGUGUACAAGGCACGGCAGUUCAUGAACGUCUGGACCGAGCACGAGAAAGAAAUCUUCAGGGAGAAGUUCGUGCAACAUCCCAAAAACUUUGGCCUAAUCGCCUCAUACUUGGAGAGGAAGUGUGUCUCUGACUGCGUCCUUUACUACUAUUUAACGAAGAAGAACCAGAACUAUAAAACACUGGUGAGGCGUAACUAUGGGAGACGGAGGGGGCGGAACCAGCAACAGAUAACGCGGCCCUCGCAGGAAGAGAAAUCUGAAGACAAGACAGAGGAAGACAAAUCGGAGAAGUCAGAGAAGAAGGACGACGAGGAGAAGAAAGACGAGGAGGAGAAAGAUGAGAAGGAGGAACCCAAGGACAUCAGAGACAAAGAGAAGUGUGACGGCGGGGAGGACGAGGACGGGAAGGAGCAGAGCGCCCCCCGUGGCAGGAAGACUGCCAACAGUCAGGGCCGACGCAAGGGCCGCAUCACCACGCGCUCCAUGGCCAGUGAGGCAGCCUCCGUGGCGGCGGAGGAGCCCCCACCUCCGCCCCCCGAGCCAGUGCUGCCUGAACCCACCCAACCACCCAAGACUGAGUCGGUGCAGAGGAAUGUGCGUGACCAGAUCAAGGCUACCCCUGUAGCCAUGGACCCACAAGCCCCCAGGGGCGCCGUGGAGGCAGGUGAAACUUCCCGCUGGACUGAGGAAGAGAUGGAAGUGGCCAAAAAAGGGUUAGUGGAGCACGGACGCAACUGGUCAGCCAUCGCCAAGAUGGUGGGCACCAAGAGUGAGGCGCAGUGCAAGAACUUCUACUUCAACUACAAGAGGAGGCACAAUCUGGACAACCUGCUUCAGCAGCACAAACAGGACGUCCGGCGCUCACGUGCAGACCGUGACGUAUCCCAGAGUGAGAGCGUGGCCUCCACCACCUCAGCGGCUGAUGAGGAGGACAACGAGGGCUACAACGAGGAGGAGAACCCAGAGGACAGUGAAGGUGCGGAGAACAGCUCGGACACGGAGAGUGCUCCUUCCCCUUCCCAGGGGGACUCAGCCAAGGCAGCUGAGCAGCGCAGUGAUGGAACUCCCCGGGACGAUGCCACACCCGAGCGGGACCGGCCCGGGAAGAGCCACGAUCCCCCGUACAGUGAGCUACGAGUCAAGCUGGAAGAGAGUCCAGAGGCAGGGGAGUCGAUGGGUGCAGACGAUCGUGCCCGCGCCCUCUAUGAGGCCCCGGUGCAGCCUAAGGCUGAGCCGCUGGAUGCAGACACCAAGCUGCCAGGCGAUGUGCGUAUCAAAGUGGAGCCUGAUGCCAAGGAGAAGGUGGACCGUGCCGAGCUGGUCGAGCAGGGGCCAGGGCCCUCCCAGAGGGGACCGCUUCGGGAGGCCCACUCAGACAAUGAUUCCAGUGCCACCUGCAGCGCAGACGAGGACAUAGAUGGCGAGCCCGACAGGCAGAGGAUCUUCUGCAUGGACAAGCCGUCCCUGCUCAGCACACCUGGCUCGGUGCUGGUGUCCUCGGCCAAGCAGGGCCACCUGAGCAUGCAGCAGCUGCACCAGCGUGCAGCCACCAUCCCCGCCAUGGUGCCAGCUCCCUUUGGGCCUGGUGGCAUGCCCCUGGGCACCCCGCUUAGUGGCUACACCAUGUUUCAGCAUCAGAUCAAGGCCGUGCAUGAGUCCGCGCACCAGGAGGAGAAGCAGCGGCAGGAUCAGGCCGACUCGGAGCGCCGGCCGCCCCCCCGCUUCGCCACACGCAGCCCCACCAUCCUGGACCGGGAGGGUAAACCCUUCACCUACAUGCCGUAUGACAUGAAGCUAGCUCUGGAACAGGAGGCUCAGUCCCAUGGUGGCACGGGAAGAUCUGCGUCACCUUAUAGGCUGUCCCCCCGGGAGCUGAGCAAGGCUUCACCACAGCCAGACCCCACUGCACCCAGCUACCGUGUCCCUCCAGUGCUACAGCCGGCUCCAAACCAGUUGCUCCAGAGCCAGUCCGACGGAGUCCGGGUGGCGUUCUCCAGGCACAGCAGGCCAGCCAACAUUCCAUCCCCGCCCCCGCUCAUUCCCACAUCCAAGCCAUCCGACAAGCCGUCCUUCAUCCAGGGGGGCUCCAUUUCCCAGGGAACUCCUGGCACAUACCUGCCCUCGCCUAGCCAAGCUGUGUACGGUCAGGAGGGAGCAAAGGGCUCAGUGGGAUCCAUAUCACUUGGCCUGCCAAGGCAACAGGACCCUGCCAAGCCUGUGUCCUACGUCAAGCAGGAGGACUGCUCGCCACGAGGGCUCAGCACACAGCCUGAGGGCCUCCUUUCCCGCACCCAAUUUGAGGGUGUUAGAGCAAACCCCAUCUGUGCCAUCCAAGAGGGGAGCAUCACCAGGGGCACUCCAGCCAAGGUGUCGGCCGAAGCUCUGCCCUAUCGAGCGGGAUCGAUCACUCAGGGGACGCCGGCCUUGCCGCAGUCCAGCAUGCCGGCAGAGAUCCUCCUAAAGAGCACCAUCACCAAGCUGGCUACGGAGGACCUGAGCAGUCCGGAGAAGGCCAGGGGGGAGGUGCUGUCCAAGGGCCAUGUUAUCUAUGAGGGCAAGAGUGGACACAUCCUCUCCUAUGAUUCAAUCAAGAAUCCGAGAGAAGGCACUCAAAGCCCUCGGACAAGCCACGACCUGAAGCGUACAUAUGACAUGAUCGAGGGCUCGAUAACCAGAGGGCACCCAGUUAGAGAGGCCACCCCUUACGAAGGCCUGAUAAGCCGGGCUUUGCCCAGAGAUGCCUCGCACCCUGAAUCCAAGGACCGGACGGUGCUCUCGGGGUCUAUCAUGCAAGGCACACCAAGGACGUCUGCAGAGCCUUUUGAAGAGGGCCACAAGUACAGCAAGCAGAUGAAGCGCGAGAGCCCCCCCAUUCGCUCCUUUGAAGGAGGGAUCACAAAGGGCAAGCCUUAUGAGGGUGUCAAUACCAUCAAGGAAAUGGGCCGCUCUAUCCACGAGAUCCCCAGGCAGGAGCUGGCCGGCCAGGAUAGUCGCAAGACCCCCGACAUGGGCUCCAUGUCCCAGGUGACGCCACUGAAGUACGAGGGUGGCGUGAGCCAGUCGGCCAUCAAGCACAACGUGAAGUCUCUGAUCACGAACCCUGCCAAGCUGCCACACACUGUGGUGCAGCUGGAUCCGGCAGAGGGCGGGGCCAAGGGCUCUGAGCGCGUGCGCCACACCUCCGUGGUCAACUCCACCUCUGUGCUGCGCUCCACACACAUGGAGGCUGGCAAGGCACAGGUCAGCCCUGGCAUGUAUGAGGAUGCAAGUGCCCGCCGGACACCUGUCAACUACAGCAACAGCUCCAUCUCGCGUGGAUCGCCGCUGCUGGGCCGCUCGCAAGAAGGAAGCAUAACAUCAGGAAAGCCGGCCAGUCUCGAGCGGAAGAGCACCCUAACCCCCACUCAGCGCGAGAGUGUUCCCGCUAAGUCCCCGGUGCCAGGGGGGGACCCCCUGUCUACCCAUAGCCCCUUUGACCCGCACCACCGGCCUGUGGUCCCGGGUGAGAUGUACCGCACCCACCUGGGCCCCACCCUGGGCCCCACCCUGGACCCGACCAUAGCCUUCCAUCGCACUCUUGACCAAGCCUACCUAUUCCAGAGACAGCCCUCCCCUACUGGUUAUCAUAACACGUACCCUCUGUACACCAUGGAGAACACGCGCCAGACCAUCCUCAACGAUUACAUCACUUCACAGCAGAUGCAAGUCAUCCCGCGGGCUGAUGUUGCCAGGGGCCUGUCGCCACGGGAACAGAUUACAAUCUCAUACCCUCCUGGAGCUCGAGGGAUUAUUGAUCUAGCCCAGAUGCCUCCCACUAUCCUGUUGCCUCACCCUGGGGGAACAGGUACACCCCCCAUGGACCGCAUCACCUACAUCCCUGGAGCUCAGGCCCCUUUCCCAACUAGGGCUUUCAACCCAGCUUCCAUAUCUCCAGGCCACCCCGCCCACCUAGCAGCGACGGCGGCCAGCGUGGAGCGCGAGAGAGAUAGGGAGAGGGAACGUGAGAGAGAGCACAGGGAGAAGGAGCGGGAGCGGGAACGUGAACGGGAGAGGGAUCAGCGCGAGCGCAUGGCUGCUGCUAGCGACUACAUGCGUGGAGCCCCUGAACAGCCCGGCCGGCCCAGCAGCCACGGGUAUUUGCGCUCGCCCUCACCGUCAGUGCGCUCACAAGAGAGCAUGAUGCAGCAGCGUCCAAGCGUGUUCCAGGGCACCAACAGCAAGAGCGUCAUCACACAGCUCAUGCCAAUGCCCACAGCCGUCUCCGCCCAAGCAGGUGCCCGCUAUAGUACAGCGGCGGACGCGCUUGCCGCUUUGGUGGAUGCCGCCGCCUCUGCCCCUCAGAUGGAUGUGACAAAGGCGAAGGAAGGCAAGCAUGAGUCAGGCCGUGGGGAGGAGACUUCGUCACGGCGAGCGACCACCGUUGUUGAACAAUCGCAGGAGGCAGAGAGGCGAGCCAUGCAGUCUCCCUACGCCCCGAUGGUCCUGAGUGGUGUCAAGGGUCACCCGGACAAGGGCCCACCCACUAAAUCUCGCAUCGAGGAGGAGCUGCGCACCCGUGGGAAGACCACCAUUACAGCUGCCAACUUCAUUGACGUCAUCAUCACUCGGCAGAUUGCCUCGGACAAGGACUCCCGUGAGAGAGGCUCUCAAAGCUCAGACUCGUCCGGUGGCUUGCCCUCCGGUCGCUACGAAGGCCCGGGGAACAGUGCUAUCGAGGUCAUCAGUCCUGCCAGCUCCCCUGUGCAACCUCAGGACAAGCAGGAGAGCUGCUUCGCUCAGGAGAAAGUGUCCCAGGGUACAGCAGGUGGUAGUCGUGGGUUUGAGAUGACCACCAGCCGGUACCGGCAGGCAGCAGAAUCAGGCUGCCUGCAGCCGCCACCCCCCAGCUCCCAGGCAGAAGUAUACGGGCCCAUUCCCAAAACGCACCGGGUCAUGACCCUGGCAGACCACAUUUCGCACAUCAUCACCCAGGAUUUCGCCAAGAACCAAGAGUCUUCCCAGCCUGCGUCUGUGACCUCAUCCGCAGCCACAUUCCAGAGCUCCGCCCAGGCCCCACCCGGCUCCACCUCCAGUAGGGUCAAACUGCCCAGCCACUACAGCCCCGAAAGCCUCAGCCAGGCGAUCCACCACCAGCGGCCGUCCAGCAGGGUGUCCCCGGAGAACGCCUCCGAUAAGCCAAGAUCACGGCCUGGGAAGUCCCCUGAGCGAGGCAGCGCUCCCCUGGACAGUUAUGAGCCCAUCUCCCCACCACAGAGCUACCCAGGGAUGGAGAAGCAGGAAGCUGUCAUACAGCCGGCCCAGAGGCGGGAGGCUGAAAGCAUGGAGCAGAGGACGGAUUCCCGCUCUCCUGGCAACGCCAGCUACCUGCCUUCAUUCUUCACGAAGCUGGAGAGUACAUCAGCCAUGGUGCAGUCCAAGAAGCAGGAGAUAUUUCGCAAGUUAAACUCCUCGGCCGAUUCCGACGUCCCGAGCGCCCAGCCUGGCACUGAGAUCUUUAACCUGCCUGCAGUAACCAGUUCAAGUGGCAUCAACCCCAGGAACCACCCCGUCAGCGACCCGGCCAGUAACCUGGGCCUGGAGGAUAUUAUCCGUAAGGCCCUAAUGGGCAACUUCGAGGACAAACAGGAAGAGCAUCAGGGUGCCGCCUCACAGCCCAGCAACAGCGGCCCAGUGGGCAUGAUGGAAGGCCGGCAGGAAGCCAGCCCCUCCCCCAGCACAGGCCAGUCAGGCAGCAAGCAGAAGCUGCUGGGUAAAGGCAGCAGCAGGAAGUCCAAGUCGCCGAACCCGGGGCAGGGCUACGCAGGAGCAGAGCGGCCCUCCUCUGCGUCCUCGGUGCACUCAGAGGGGGACUACCACAGGCAGGCCUCCACUUGGGCCUGGGAGGACCGGCCAUCGUCCACCGGGUCCAUGCAGUUCCCCUACAACCCGCUGACCAUGCGCAUGAUGAGCAGCACCCCUCCUUCGUCCAUGGCCUGCGCUUCCCCCUCGCUGCAGGCCCAGCAGCAGCAGCAGCAACAGCAGCCGCAGCCCCCUCCAGCGCAGCCUGGCACUGUGCCCCAGAGCCGUGUGUGGGACCGUGAGCCGCUUCUCUCCGAGCAGUACGAGACCCUGUCAGACAGCGACGACUGAGCCCACCCCCUCCCCCGGCCCCGCGAGCCCCACGGUGGGCUGGCCCAGCCCGGGAGUCUCCCUAUGCCCCCUGUGGGCAUUGCACUGGCCUCCCGUGGGUGCCGCACCGCGGAGGGAAGCCGAAGCCGCUGCGGCAGGGAGACAGGCUCCUCCUUCGGGAGAGAGACAAAUGCCCAGAAGCUUUAACGUGUAGUCUGUCAGCGACAAGCCAGCGUUUAGCCGAAAAAAGAAGAGAAAAACCCAACAAAAAGAACUUUAACUGUAAAAAAGCUUAAACUUAUUUCUCCCCUUUGCUCAAUCUAUUUGUAAAGAGAAAUAUGUCAUUGUAUAUAAAUAUAACUUUUGCAUUUUUUUCCUCCCUUACUUGAUACUUUCGCUUAUGUUUUUAAAUUUGCUCCAUUCUCCUCGUACGAAGGAUCUGUGUUUCGCCAGCGAUUCCACGGACAGGCUGAAGUCAACCCCCCCCCCCCCCCAUCCCUCCCCCAAUGAGCCAUGAUGCUGACACAGUGAAGCAAGCCCUUUCUGCUUGCUGUGGGGAAGGUACAUGAAUACAGAUCUUAGUCGCCCAGCACUCUGCCUGAUGCUUUGUGAAUAUCACCCAAUGAAAGGACAGAAACAUUAGCUCUGUUAACUUGACACAUGUCUUUUGCAGCACUGUGGAAAAUGCAUGGGUAUUUUAUUUUUUUCUACAGUUUGAGAGAGAUUACUGUCCCAGUAUGCAAGAGCACCGAUAUCUUCCCAUAUGUUCUUUGAGGCGAACCGCAAUUUAUUGAACACUGGUAUGGCGUCGUUUUGAAGAAAGAAGAAUAAGCUGAAUAGUGUUUUUUUCUUGUCAUUUGUUUUGUCGUUCAACCUCGUGGUAAAAUCUGCACUGCGGUUAAACCAAGUGAUUAGGCUGAGCUGAUGAUGACUGAGAUGGGAACUGAAGCUCUGGGGGUCCGUUUCUAACUGGUUUGGGAUGUUUCCACUUGCGUUGUCCUGUCAUGGUAAAAUAUAUAUGUGAACGCGCACACACACACACACACACACACACACACACACACUCUUAAAGCAUUUCCUGGUAAAAUCAGUCACGGUGCCCCUUCAAUAAACAAAGGCAGCUGAGACUUCAUUUGUAUUUGACUAUCCAAAAAAAAAUACUUACCAAACAAAAUAAAUCCUUGCACCAUUGUUGCACUUUUAGCAUCAUACCUUUCUAGAAAUAAUCAUACUACCUGUUUUAUAAAUUAUUUGAACUCAUAUAGAGAAUUUAUGCUUGCGUGUUUUAACAUUGGUAACUUUUGGAAAUCCAGAUCUUUUUGGCUCCUGUCUGUUCUUGUUACUGGUUUAUUAUUUUGUAUUGUGACGAAAUGAUCUGCAGUUUUCAUUUUGUAAAUGGUACCGUCAAGUGUAGUGAAAUCGGUGCUUUGCUCCAGUGGCUGUUAAAUGCACUUCGAUUUGCCCCUUUUCUCCAGAAUCAAGCUGAAGCUCAACUUCAUGUUAUCGACCUGUUUAUCAGUUGUUCUUUCUAUGGAGUUUGUAACAAGGUCAACGAUAACAUUAACGACAUCUCAAACGAUGUUGAACAUGCUAUAAUUUGCUUUUGCUUUUGCUCAGUAGCAAACAUAUUCUGAACUCUGCUUCGAAAUUCAUUCAUAACCUGUUUUUAAAACUCCCAGAGCUGAUGUUCAUUUUUUAUUUUUGACAUCAAUGUUUCUCAUCCUGUUCGUAAUGGGAUGUUGAGUGUUUACAACAAUAACAACAAUGAAAAAAAGUUUACAACACUUGAAUCUUAAACAGAAGGUAACCAGAAAAUGAUCAUUGAUUGAGCUCCUCAUAUGUCAUAUUUUGCAGUGGUAACUUUUUUUGUCUGUUAAAUCUGAGACUUGAAAAACUCCGCGUAUCCCACGAAAUUGAAAUGCAAUGUUUGUAUCGCACAGUGUCUCUAAGUAGUCCAUUACCAGAGUUCAGACCAAUCAAUAAAGUGGAUUAGUUCUCCAGCA